GAUAAUAUUAAUAAUAACUCUGAGUUAUUAAGUAGUGUUAAACGUUUAUAGGUGUAUUAGCUCGCUGUUCUUUUGGCAAUAGUAUUAAUAUUAAGAAUGAAUUAGCCGGUUGCUAGUUAGGAUAACGAUAGCCAUCUCUGUACAUUGAUGUAAGUUAGCUGCUGUUACUUUCAACGUUUUCUGUUACAGCGUAAGUGACAAGGACUGCACCCGAUUAAGAAAUAACUCAAUAAUGAGAUAAGUGCUUGCUUUAGUGCCAAAGAAAAAAAAAACGUAAACCGUAUAUAUAAGUCAAUUAACAACAGAUAUAUAGUUACCACACAACUAGAUCUACAAUAAACAACAGUUGUAGUGCCUGAGGAUUUAACACACAAACAGCAGUUAAUUAGACGAAUGAAUGAGAACAGGAUGUCAGGUGUACCUGCAGUGCGUGUGAGUAUAGAGUCAUCAUGUGAGCGGCAGGUGCAGGAGGUUUCACUGGAUGGAGUGGAGACAUAUGUUCCUCCACUUUCCAUGUCACAAAACCUUGCAAAGCUUGCACAGCGCAUUGAUUUUGGCCAGGGCUCUGACUCAGAUGAAGAGGAUCCAAAUGGACCAAGCAGAGUAUCUGACUGGAGCAAGCAGGACCUAGAGGGGGAAGAUGGACUGGUCAAAUUCCAACCUUGUUCAUGGCCGUGGGACUCUGUGAGGAAUCAUCUACGGAGUGCUCUGACUGAGAUGUGUGUGCUCCAUGACAUGCUCAGUGUCAUCAAGGAGAAGAAGUAUAUGGCUCUUGAUCCAGUCUCUCAGGAUCCCAUUGUUGUCAAAACCCCUCAGGUUUUCCAGUUAAUCAGUAAGAAGAAGUCUCUGGCCACUGCAGCUCAGUUGCUGCUGAGGGGGGCAGAGAAGUUAAAUAAAUCUGUAGUGGAAAGUCAGGAUCAGUGGCGUCAGCGUGAUUUUAACGCAGAACUACUACACCUGCGCUCACAGUGGAAGUUGCGCAAAGUUGGAGACAAAAUCCUUGGAGAUCUUAGCUACCGUAGUGCAGGGUCGCUGUUUACUCAUCAUGGCACCUUUGAGGUCAUUAAAAAUACAGAUAUUGAUUUGGAUAAGAAAAUUCCAGAUGAUUACUGUCCACUCAAUGUCCAGAUACCAAGUGACCUAGAGGGCUCUGCAUACAUUAAGGUUUCUAUUCAGAAACAGUCUGCUGAUAUAGGGGACCUGGGAACAGUCAAUCUUUUCAGGAAGCCACCCAAAGCUAAGUCAGGCUCUCAAGCUUGGCAUCUAAAGCUGGAAGCUGCUCAGAAUGUGCUGCUAUGUAAGGAGAUAUUUGCUCAGCUCUCUCGGGAGGCAGUGCAGAUAAAGUCCCAUAUACCACACAUUGUCGUCAAAAACCAGAUCAUAUCUCAGCCUUUUCCUGGUCUUCAGCUCUCCAUCUCAUUAUGCCACUCUACUACGGAUAAGAAGAGCCAGAGAGCUUCACCAGAAAAAAAUAAACCAGAUGACCAUCUGUAUGUGCUGGAACACAACCUGCACCAACUUAUUAGAGAGUUUCAUAAACAGACCCUGAGCUCCUCUGUGAUGCCACACCCUGCAAGUGCUCCAUUUGUUCCUAAGCGACUGCGGGUGGCUGGACCAAUGGCUUAUGAUAAGUCAGAGAUCAGUUUGCUGCAGCAAAAUGAGGGCUUGCUGGAGAAAAUCGUCAAACAAGCCAAACAUAUUUUCCUCAGGAGCAGGACGGCACGAACUAUUGACAGCUUGGCAAGUCGUAUUGAGGAUCCUCAAAUUCAGGCUCACUGGUCCAAUAUUAACGAUGUUUAUGAGUCCAGUGUCAAGGUGCUCAUCACCUCACAAGGAUAUGAGCAAAUCUGCAAGUCUAUCCAGCUACAGUUGAACAUUGGAGUGGAGCAGAUCAGAGUUGUGCACAGAGAUGGUCGUGUCAUCACUCUUUCCCACCAAGAGCAAGAGCUGCAGGACUUUUUACUGUCGCAGAUGUCUCAGCAUCAGGUGCAUGCAGUGCAGCAGUUGGCAAAGGUAAUGGGCUGGCACGUGCUAAGCUUCAGUAAUCAUGUGGGACUUGGAGCCAUCGAGAGCAUUGGCAAUGCAUCUGCCAUUACUGUAGCAUCACCAAAUGGAGCAUACGCCAUUUCAGUACGGAAUGGACCUGAGAGUGGAUUUAAGGUUCUGGUUCAAUUUCCACGUUGCCAGGCUAAAGAUCUCCCUAAAAGCGAUGUGUUGCAGGAUGGGAAAUGGAAUUAUUUGAGAGGACCAUAUAAGGAAGUGCACUGGAGCAAGAUGGAGGGCAGGAACUUUGUUUACAAAAUGGAGCUUUUAAUGGCAGCACUUACUCCAUGUCCCUAAAAACGUGUCUGUCUUUACGCGUACAAUCUGUACGUUUUACAUUUUAUCCAUACAGGAACUUUUUUCCUCUUUUGAUAUUUUGGCUGUUCCAACGGGUUAAUAAUAGUUGCAUUGUUGCAUUUCAAUAUGGAUUUUAUUUCUGGCCUCUUUAUGCAGCAAUCAUCUCUUACAUAUCUACAAAUAAAUAAUGUGAAUCAUCUGUAUACUUUUGACAUAUAUUAUUAAUUUUGUCACUAUUAAGUUGGAUUUCACACAGUGUGGUUGGGGUAAUUGAUAUUUUUAACAAAAUAGAGUUGUUUUUACCAGAAGAUCUUUCAAAAAUACUUAAACCAGCCCUACCACUACCAAAAACCAUACUUUGGUGAAAUCACAGAGAUCACAUAUUUCUGUUUAGUUCUGAAAUUUUAUGUGAAUAUUACCUAAAGAUUUAAAGAUCUGUAUCUGCAUGA